GCCUGGCUCCGAGUGUCGCGAGAGCCACUUCCCGGAAGUUCCACGUCAGUGGGUCGGCUGGUCCACGGGUCGGUGGGUUCCUGAGUACUGGAGUGUUGCCCGGAGCCUGGGGGCUCGGACAGUCGGAGCCAUGCCUCUUCGACUUGACAUCAAGAGAAAGCUAACUGCUAGGUCUGAUCGGGUUAAGAGUGUGGAUUUGCAUCCGACAGAGCCAUGGAUGUUGGCUAGUCUUUACAAUGGCAGUGUGUGUGUUUGGAAUCAUGAAACUCAGACACUGGUGAAGACGUUUGAAGUAUGUGAUCUUCCUGUUCGAGCUGCAAAGUUUGUUGCAAGGAAGAACUGGGUGGUGACAGGAGCAGAUGAUAUGCAGAUCAGAGUGUUCAAUUAUAACACCCUGGAGAGGGUGCACAUGUUUGAAGCACACUCGGAUUACAUUCGCUGUAUUGCUGUUCAUCCCACCCAGCCAUUCAUUCUCACGAGCAGUGAUGACAUGCUGAUUAAGCUCUGGGACUGGGAUAAAAAAUGGUCUUGUUCACAAGUGUUUGAAGGACACACGCAUUACGUCAUGCAGAUUGUGAUAAACCCCAAAGAUAACAAUCAGUUUGCCAGUGCGUCUCUCGACAGGACCAUCAAGGUGUGGCAGCUGGGCUCUUCAUCACCAAACUUCACUCUGGAGGGACAUGAAAAAGGCGUGAAUUGCAUUGAUUACUACAGUGGUGGUGACAAGCCAUACCUCAUUUCGGGUGCAGAUGACCGGCUCGUUAAAAUAUGGGACUAUCAGAAUAAAACUUGUGUGCAGACCCUGGAGGGGCAUGCCCAGAAUGUGUCAUGUGCAAGCUUCCACCCUGAGCUGCCCAUCAUCAUCACAGGGUCAGAAGAUGGAACAGUGCGAAUCUGGCAUUCUAGCACCUACCGGCUUGAGAGCACACUGAAUUACGGAAUGGAGAGGGUGUGGUGUGUGGCCAGUCUGAGAGGGUCCAACAAUGUCGCUCUGGGCUAUGAUGAAGGGAGCAUCAUUGUUAAGCUUGGUCGGGAGGAACCUGCCAUGUCCAUGGAUGCCAAUGGAAAGAUAAUCUGGGCCAAGCAUUCAGAAGUUCAGCAGGCCAACCUUAAAGCAAUGGGUGACACUGAAAUUAAAGAUGGAGAAAGAUUGCCACUGGCAGUGAAGGAUAUGGGCAGUUGUGAAAUAUACCCGCAGACCAUUCAGCACAAUCCUAAUGGGAGGUUUGUUGUGGUAUGUGGUGAUGGGGAGUAUAUAAUCUACACAGCAAUGGCAUUGAGGAACAAGAGCUUUGGGUCUGCCCAGGAGUUUGCAUGGGCCCACGAUUCUUCAGAGUAUGCAAUAAGAGAAAGCAACAGUGUUGUAAAGAUAUUUAAGAACUUUAAGGAAAAAAAAUCAUUUAAACCCGAUUUUGGAGCUGAAAGUAUCUAUGGGGGCUUCUUGCUGGGAGUCAGGUCUGUAAAUGGCUUAGCCUUCUAUGACUGGGAGAAUACUGAACUCAUCCGCAGAAUUGAAAUUCAGCCCAAGCACAUCUUCUGGUCUGACUCUGGAGAGCUGGUCUGCAUUGCCACCGAGGAGUCAUUUUUUAUUCUUAAAUAUCUGUCAGAAAAAGUCUUGGCUGCACAGGAAACACAUGAGGGAGUUACUGAAGAUGGCAUUGAAGAUGCCUUUGAGGUUCUUGGUGAAAUUCAGGAAAUUGUGAAAACUGGGCUGUGGGUAGGUGACUGCUUCAUUUACACAAGUUCUGUGAACAGAUUAAACUACUACGUGGGAGGAGAGAUAGUCACCAUUGCCCACUUGGACAGGACAAUGUAUCUUCUGGGCUAUAUUCCAAAAGACAAUAGGCUUUAUCUUGGGGAUAAGGAAUUGAACAUUGUUAGCUACUCCCUGUUGGUUUCAGUCCUGGAAUACCAGACUGCUGUCAUGCGGAGGGAUUUCAGCAUGGCGGAUAAGGUCCUCCCUACCAUCCCCAAAGAACAGAGAACCAGAGUUGCACACUUUUUGGAAAAACAGGGUUUCAAGCAGCAAGCACUUACAGUAUCCACAGAUCCUGAACACCGUUUUGAGCUUGCUCUUCAACUUGGAGAGUUGAAAAUUGCUUACCAGUUAGCAGUGGAAGCAGAGUCGGAGCAGAAGUGGAAACAACUUGCCGAGCUUGCCAUUAGUAAAUGUCAGUUCAGCCUAGCCCAGGAGUGUUUGCACCAUGCCCAGGAUUACGGUGGUCUGCUGCUCUUGGCCACUGCCUCUGGAAAUGCUAGUAUGGUGAACAAGCUGGCAGAAGGUGCGGAGAGAGAUGGCAAGAAUAACGUAGCAUUCAUGAGCUAUUUCUUACAGGGCAAGCUUGAUGCUUGCCUAGAGCUCUUGAUCAGAACAGGAAGACUCCCAGAAGCCGCCUUCCUGGCCCGAACUUACUUACCCAGUCAGGUCUCAAGGGUAGUGAAGCUGUGGAGGGAGAGUCUUUCAAAAGUCAACCAGAAAGCAGCAGAAUCCCUUGCUGACCCCACAGAGUAUGAAAACCUUUUCCCUGGAUUAAAAGAAGCCUUUGUUGUUGAAGAAUGGGUAAAGGAGACACAUGCAGAUUUGUGGCCAGCCAAGCAGUACCCUCUUGUCACGCCAAAUGAAGAGAGAAAUGUUAUGGAAGAGGCAAAAGGCUUCCAGCCCUCACGACCCACAGCUCAGCAGGAACCUGAUGGGAAACCUGCUUCUAGCCCAGUUAUCAUGGCCUCCCAAACUACCCACAAAGAAGAGAAGAGUUUACUAGAAAUAGAAAUUGACUUGAGUAAAAUUGACUUGGAUAACUUGGAAUUAGAGGAUAUUGAUACAACAGACAUUAAUUUGGAUGAAGAUAUUCUGGAUGACUGAUCAAUCACCGUCCUGACUAGAAAUGUGGAAAUCCUUGGUUUGCAUAUGUAAACUAGGGGGACAUAGCCACUCCAUCUUCAGAGGAGUUGAUGGGCAGCAGUUAAGUUUACUAUAUUCUCCUUGUUAAAACUGAGACAGACACUUUCUUUUUUCAUAUUGUCAUUAGACCACCCCUCAUAAAACCUUUUGAAGUAAUAAAAAACUUUUGAGUUUCCUUCCUAAUGAAAA